GGCCAAGUUUUGGUUUACCCAUUUUUCUCUUUCGCCUCAGCGGGUGAAGGGGUGGUUUCUCUUCACUUUUGGUGGCUGCUUGCUAGGGUUCCUCCUCCUCCAUCCUGGUUCUCUCCUCUUCGUUUCUUUUCCUGCCCGCCAAAUCUUUUGCCAGCGGGGCUUUGAAACCUCGCUCCGCUUUUGCCUUUUGCUUUCCUCUCUUCCUCAUUGCCUCCCGUCUCCUCUCCUUUGUGUUCCGCGCUUUUCCCUAUUUCAUUCUUCUUUUUUUUGGGGAUAGAGAGAAAGAGAGAGAGAGAGAAGAAGAGGGAGAGGGAGAGGGAGAAGGAGAAUGGGGAAGUCUGGUGGCAGGAGAAAGAAGGGCGUCAAUGGAAAUGCUCCCUCUUCUGCAUAUGGGAACGGCAAUAGCACCACCACCACCUCCUCCACCACCACCACCACCACCACCACCACCACCGCAAUCGGUACCCCCGCCGCCAAUGGCAACAGCACCAGCACCGGCAACAGCACCAGCACCAGCACCAACAAGGCUACUGCUGCUGUGGACGGUGUGGAUUUGGACUCCUCGGUAUUCCUGAAGAGAGCGCACGAGCUGAAGGAGGAAGGCAACCGGCGGUUUCAGUCCAAGGACUACGCGGGCGCCCUGCAGCAGUACGAGCUGGCCUUGAAGCUCAUCCCCAAGUCCCACCCCGACCGCGCCGUCUUCCACAGCAAUCGCGCUGCCUGCCUCUUGCAGAUGAAGCCCGUCCAGUUCGACACCGUCGUCGCCGAGUGCACCCUCGCCCUUCACGCCCAACCUCGCUUCCCCCGCGCCCUACUCCGCCGAGCCCGUGCUUUCGAGGCCCUCGGCAAAUUCGAUUUAGCCGUUCAGGACGUCCAAUCCCUCCUCCAAUCCGACCCCAACAAUCAGGACGCCCUGGAGAUUGGUCGCAGGCUCAGGGUUGCCCUCGGCAACCGUCAAGACUCGGCUCAGCGCGACCUGCAGAGGACUAGCUCUGCCGCCACUACCACCACAAACAACCACAGGUCUCCCUCUCCGUCUUCUCCUGCUACUUCUCCUCUGCAUCAUCCGCUACAUUCCGCAAUAUCUGCUGGAAGUUAUCCGUCUUCGACCUCAUCUUCGUUGUCCUCAUCCUCUUCUUCCUCCUACUCUGGAACGUCUCCCGCUGCAUUGGGAGCUUCAGCUGUUCCUGGUGCCCCCUUAGGGGGCCUGGGUCCGUGCCUACCGGCUCGCGCUAUUCCGCUGCCAAAGAAGCAUGCCGCGAAGCCUGUAGAGAAAUCCGUUCCGGAAGACCUUCUUGCUUCUGCAGUCUCUGCCUCCAACCAUGCCAAUAACAUUAAUGAUAGUGUCAGUGAGAAUGGUGUUCAACAUUUGUCAUCAAUCUCGUCGCCAAAACCUUCAGAAAAAACCAAAACCGGGCUCCCCUCUAUAGUAUUGAAGCCUUCCAAGGCAUCACCAUCCUCAACGAAACCGGUCCUCCCAGUUUCUGUGGAUUCGGAGUCCCCUUCUCCUGCUGGUCCUGGUGAAAAGCCAAUAAAGAAUCCACAAGGCGUUGUCGUAUCCACCAUAAGGUGGAGGCCUUUGAAGUUGGUCUACGACCAUGAUAUUAGGUUGGCACAGAUGCCUGAUAACUGCACCUUCAGGGUGUUGAGAGAAAUUGUGGCGAAGAGAUUCAAUUCGUCGAAGUCAGUUCUGAUCAAAUACAAGGAUUUGGAAGGUGACCUUGUGACUAUUACUGGAACCAAAGAGCUAAGAAUCGCAGAAUCUUGCAACGACAUCCUUAUCAAUACGUCAAAGAAAAAAUUAAUGGGCGGGAGUCGUUCUGACGAUGGACAAAGUGGAGUCGAUGAGAUUGGAAAGCCAGAUUCGACCUCUUCCACUUUGGGGUCCAAACCUUGUGUGCUUGAGUCGUUGAGGCUGCACAUUGUGGAGGUAAGCCCUGAGCAGGAGCCACCUUUGGUUGAUGAAGAGGAAGAGGAACAAUUGGUGGAGAAGACUGUGCUUGAUGGUAUAGCUGAAGAAGGUAUUAAGAGCGAAGAGACAAUAUCUGAUACUUCUGUUUGCGAUGCUGUGUCAGAGGGUGGUGCUGUCGACAAAGAACUUGCUAAGCAUGUGGAUGCCGAUGAGGGGAUCCAGAAGGAGAAGAAUGGAGAUGGCAACCAAACUGAUUGCAAGGAAGUUGAGAUUGAUGAUUGGCUCUUUGAGUUUGCUCAGCUGUUCCGUUCACAUGUUGGCAUUGACCCUGAUGCUCAUGUAGACUUACAUGAACUGGGGAUGGAGCUGUGCUCUGAGGCACUGGAGGAGACAGUAACCAGUGAAGAGGCCCAAACACUGUUUGAUAUGGCAGCGUCGAAGUUCCAGGAAGUUGCUGCAUUAGCAUUCUUUAACUGGGGGAAUGUGCAUAUGUGUGCUGCAAGGAAGCGCAUCCCAUUGGAUGAGUCAUCAUCGAAUGAAGUCACCAUGAAACAACUUCGUGCUGCAUAUGACUGGGUACAGGAGAGAUAUUCAUUAGCAGGACAGAAAUACGAAGAAGCAUUACGAAUCAAACCUGACUUUUAUGAAGGAUUGCUAGCUUUGGGUCAGCAGCAUUUUGAGACGGCGAAGCUGCAUUGGUCUUAUGCAUUGGCUAGCAAGGUGGACUUGACAACCUGGGAUUGUAGUGAGACAAUUAAGCUUUUCAAUAGUGCGGAGGAGAAAAUGAAAGCUGCUACUGAGAUGUGGGAGAAGCUGGAAGAACAGAGGAAUAGUGAUGUCAAAGAUCCUCUCACUCUCAAAAAGGAAGACAUCCUGAACAGAAGGAAGAAAUCCAUGGGAUCUCAGGAUGCUGCUGGCUUACUUGAUGGUGUUCAUGGUGGGGAAUUGGCAGCAGCAUUGGAUGAGGCAGCGGAGCAGGCUGCAGUAAUGAGGUCUCAGAUCCACCUAUUCUGGGGUAACAUGCUGUUUGAACGUUCGCAAGUUGAAUUCAAACUGGAUAUGCCAAACUGGAAAAAGAAUCUGGAUAAUGCAGUUGGAAGGUUCAAGCUUGCAGGUGCAUCCGAAGCAGAUAUUGAGAUUGUACUUAAGAACCACCAAUCAAGCGUCACUUCCAUGAAAGAGGAUGAGAAGAAGACUCUGAAUUCUGCUGUGAAGGUUCAGGAAGCAAUGAAUGGGAAGGCAAUGCCAUAACCCUACUUGUUGUUAGUCAUCUAAGAUAUUAACCAAAUAGGUCUUAUGAUGUCCUUAUGGAUGGAUCCAUGGUUUAGUAAACAUUGAUGUUUAUACGAGAAAAGAAAGAGAUCUUUUUUCAAAGAGUUAUGGCUGAUUCAGAUUUCUGGCCGGUGAAGAUUUUUCUUCCCUAAUCUGAUGUCAUGAUAAUCUCCAGACAAUGUAUCAGUUGAAUCUAGGAGCAUUAUUCUUUACGUAAAUCUUUAAGGUGACAUUCAGUGUCUACUCUUGAGACAUACUGAAAUCAGCAAAUUGUUCUGAUGCUGCAAUGAUAUGGCCCAUAUGGGUUCUGAUUC